AACUAAAAAAACCUCCGACGUUGCGGUCUGUGCCUCCAAAUUAACGGCUCUGCGAAUCAUCUUCUUCAUGCUUCAUGCUCUUUCUUCUCUACGUCCUUUAUCCAACUCUUUACAUCUUCAUCUCCAACGUUCAAUCUAUAUUAAUCAACACCACAGCACCCACAUUAGCAAAUCAUAUUGGUCCUCUCUCCCUCUCAAUGAGCGGCUCUUUUGGUUCGAUAAUCUUCUUCAACAAUGCUGCGCAGUUCGACUCUGCAGACAAGUUCACCAACAGGUCAUUGUCUCUGGUAUGUACAAUUCGGCGUUUUUGGCGGCGCGUGUCGUGUCAAUUUAUGCUCGGUUUGGGUUGCUUGUUGAUGCACAAAACGUAUUUGAUACCUCUCCGUUUGGGUGUUUAUCGAAUUUGCUUCUGUGGAAUUCAAUUUUGAGAGCUAAUGUCUCUCAUGGGUAUUAUGAAAAUGCCCUCCAACUUUAUGUUAAAAUGCGAAGAUUAGGAGUUUUGGCCGAUGGCUUUACAUUUCCGUUGGUUAUAAGGGCAUGUGGGUUCCUGGCUAGUUCUAGUUCAGGCAAAAUCGUUCACAGUCAUAUUUUGCAAAUGGGGUUUCAACAUCAUCUUCAUGUUGUAAAUGAAUUGUUGGGCAUGUAUGCGAAGCUCGGUCAGAUGGAUGAUGCCCUCUAUUUGUUUGAUAGAAUGACCGUGAGAAGCUAUAUUUCAUGGAACACGAUGGUUUCAGGGUUUUCUCUGAAUUUGGACUGUGAUGGUGCCUUUGAGAUGUUUAAGCGGAUGGAGUUGGAAGGUUUGGAACCAAACCAAGUAACUUGGACCUCACUUUUGUCUGGACAUUCUCGAUGCGGCCGGUAUGGAUGUGUUAUUGAGUUGUUUGAUAUGAUGAAGAUGAGAGGUUUUAGGGCCAGUGCUGAAGUUCUCGCCGUUUUAUUGUCUGUUUGUGACAAUUUAGCUGCGUUGGACAGGGGCAGAAUGGUUCAUGGAUGUGUUAUAAAGAGUGGGUUUGAAGACUAUUUGUUUGUCAAGAACGCUCUUAUAUGUUUGUAUGGUAAGUAUGGAGAUGUGGCAAAUGCAAAAGUUUUGUUUUCAGAAAUGAGAAACAAGAAUGUUGUGAGUUGGAAUGCUUUGAUUACAUCAUAUGUAGAGACUGGUUUUUGUGAUGAGGCUCUUGAAAUAUUCUCAGAGCUGGAAAAAUCAAACGGUUCUUCAAUGGAGAGGCCUAACAUGAUUAGUUGGAGUGCUAUAAUCAGUGGUUAUGCUUCACAGGGAAGAGGGGAGGAGUCUCUGCAACUUUUUCGUCGCAUGCAGCUUGCUCAGGUAAUGGCCAAUUGUGUUACAAUCUCUAGUGUUUUAUCAGUUUGUGCUGAGUUGGCAGCAUUAAGUCUUGGUAAGGAAAUCCAUUGCCAUCUACUUAGAGCAUUCAUGGAUAAUAACAUUUUGGUUGGAAAUGGCUUACUCAAUAUGUACAUGAGAUGUGGAUCUCUCAAGGAAGGGCAGAUAAUAUUUGAGAAAAUUGAUAACAAGGAUUUGAUCUCAUGGAACUCAUUGAUCACGGGGUAUGGGAUGCAUGGACAGGGUGAGAGAGCUCUAACAAUUUUUAAUGAGAUGGUGGAAGCUGGAUUCCAUCCAGAUGGAGUCACCUUUGUCGCUGUUCUUUCUGCCUGCAGCCACACUGGGCUUGUUGCAAAGGGCCGCAGGCUGUUUGAUCUUAUGACCAGAGUAUUUGGGAUAGAACCCCAGAUGGAGCACUAUGCUUGCAUUGUGGAUGUCCUUGGGCGAGCUGGGUUCUUGCAAGAAGCAAUUGACAUUGUGAAAGGCAUGCCAAUGGAACCCAAUGCCUGUGUCUGGGGAGCUCUGUUAAAUUCCUGUCGGAUGCACAAAAAUACAGAAGUUGCAGAGGGAGCCGCUUCUCGUCUUUUCCGUCUUGACUCAAAACAGAGUGGGAGCCAUAUGUUACUCUCUAAUAUCUAUGCUGAAAGCGGGAGGUGGGAAGAUUCUGCAAGGGUUAGAAGCUUGGUGAAGACAAAAGGUCUAAAGAAAGUGGGUGGGCACAGCUGGAUACAAGUGAAAAAGAAGGUUUAUGUGUUUUCAGCAGGGCAAACAGGGUUGGAGGAAAUUCAUGGUAUCCUUCAGGAAUUGGGUGGUGUAAUGGAGAGCGAAGGCUUCAGGAGUGGUGAAUGGUCUUUCAAAAAGAACGUUGAUGCUGAAGAGUGGAGGUUGAUACUGUGGGCAGAGUGAGCAAUCAUUUUUUGCUUAGCAACCAUGAAAUGACUUUCACAGGACAAAAACUUAUCUCUUGAAGUCAUAAUGAAGGAUAUUAAUUGUGGAAAAAUAUGGGCUUUCCUUCAUUUUAAACAUUUAUUUGCAGAGUCAACUUGGAGGGAAAUUGCUAAUUUUUCAGCGUAUGUCGCCAUCUCUUGGUUUUGGUCGCCUAAAGCUACAAGGAGAUGAUCUUUGCGUUUAUGGAACAGACAAGGAGCACCUUUAAGAGUGCCAGAAGAUCCCUUCUAUAAGCAGAUGGCUACCCAUUUUACUAAGUAGGGGUGAAUUUAUAUGCAUUCAGUGAUUAGUAGACUGAUAUUGCCUCCAUUGGAACUCUUGCAAAGUAUACUGGAGGUCAGGUGUACUACUAUCCAGGUUCUAAUCAAUUAGCGGAGAGAAGUGAAGCAUGAGUUAGUGAGAAACCUUACAAGGGAAACUGCCUGGGAAGCUGUAAUGCGGAUAAGAUGUGGAAAAGGGAUCUGGUUUACAUCUUAUCAUGGGAACUUUAUGUUAAGAUCUAUGGAUUUGUUAGCGCUUCCAGCUGUGGAUUGUGAUCAAGCAUACGCAAUGCAGCUAUCUCUUGAGGAGACUUUACUGACAACUCAAACUGUAUACUUCCAAGUUGCUCUACUUUACACUGCAUCCUGUGGAGAGAGCCGCAUCAGAAUACGUACAGUAGCAGCUCCAGUAGUUUCAGAUCUUGGGGAGAUUUACUGCCAAGCUGACACGGGUGCCAUUGUUUCUCUGUUUGCCAGGCUUGUAAUUGAGAAGACCUUAUCAAGUAAGCUGGAGGAUGCAUGAAACUCACUGCAAAUAAGGAUUGUUAAAGCUCUCAGAGAAUACUGUAACCUCUAUGCUGUACAGCAUCACUUAGGGGCUAGGAUGAUAUUCCCCGAGUCUUUAAAGUUCUUAGCUGCAUAUAGAUUGGCACUUUGUAAAUCAACCUCUUCGAGGAGGAUAUGCUGAGGCUCAGCUUGAUGAAUGCUGUGCAGCAGGUUACACCAUGAUGGCAUUACCAGUUAAAAAACUGUUGAAGCUUUUAUAUCCUAGUUUGAUUCGAGUUGAUGAGUAUCUCCUAAAGCCGUCUGGUAAAGAUAAUGACUUCAAAGAGAACUUAAAAAGGUUACCACUGAGUGCAGACAGCUUGGAUUCCAGAGGUCUUUAUAUAUAUGACGAUGGUUUUCGCUUUAUUAUAUGGUUUGGUAGAACACUGCCACCGGGUAUAUCUGAGAGUCUUCUUGGGGCAGACUUUGCAGCAGAAUUAUCACGGGUUAUCCUUAGAGAGCAUGAAAACGAAAUGUCAAGAAAGUUGAUGGGGAUCCUGAAGAAAAUUAGGGAGAGUGACCCUUCGUAUUAUCAGCUGAUUUACCUUGUACGGCAAGGUGAGCAACCUCGAGAAGGGUCGCUUCUUCUCACAAACCUUGUUGAGGAUCAGUUUGGUGGUGUCAGUGGUUAUGUUGAUUGGAUUAUGCAAAUACACAGACAAGUCCAGCAAAAAUGCAUAGGAAGUACAGGUUGUUUCUCAUUUGCUUGUGUUGUUGCCCAUCUGUAAAGUGACCAAAUGCAUUGUCCAACAUCAACUAAAUAAUAAUGUUAAAUCGAUUUCAUGGGCUGAAUAGAAAAGUCAAAGCCGAGCUUGUCGUACUUGAUUACCCUUUUGGGUUGGGUGGCUAAGUUGGAUGACAUUUAUCAGGAGAUAGACUUACAAAAGAAUGUUGAUUGUUGAAGAUUCAAUAAGUAGGGGUGUAUUUCUAGCAAAUACGAUUUCAUCGGUGAGUUUCAUGGUCAUAGAUUCCUGCCAAAAGGCGAGAUCAUUAAAGUUUUUGUAUGUGAUAGAUUUUAUCUUUAGCAAAAAUUUCUGCCAAGUUCUGUUA